ACGCGCAGAUUGAUGACGUCACACUGAAAAGUCCUGCGUCGAGUCGCUGGCGGAGUUUGACGCGAUCACAACAAAAAGAGCAAAAAGAAGAGUAGACCAAAGCGCGCGGCUCAUGUAGGACGACUUGCGCCUGGUUUCAAGGUGGAUGUGGCGAGGAGACCGGGACGAUGGUGCAAGGGAACGGAUGUGAGUAACCCUGUCCGUCGUCACCAUUUACUCUCAGGUUGCGGCCGGCGGUAGCACUAUGGAGAAGCCUCCCUUCCGACACAACAACAACAAGUGCGGCGACUGGGAGCUGAAGGAGCGGCUGGGCAUGGGGGGCUUUGCCCACGUCUACCUCUACCAGCAUCACGUGAGCGGUGAGAAGCUGGCGGUGAAGAUGUGCCGACUGGAGUUGACGCCCAGGAACAAGGACCGCUGGAGCCGAGAGAUUCAGAUCAUGAAGAAGUUAAACCACAUCAACGUGGUGACGGCGCGGGACGUCCCGGAAGAAAUCAACUUGAUCGCAUUGAAUGAUUUGCCGUUGCUCGCCAUGGAGUUCUGCUCGCACGGCGACCUGAGGAAGGUUCUGAGCAGACCGGAGAACUGCUGCGGCCUGAAGGAGAGUGACGUUCUGUCCUUGCUCAACGAUGUUGGUUGCGGUAUCCAGUACCUGCACGAGAACAAGAUCAUCCAUAGGGACCUGAAGCCGGAGAACAUCGUCCUGCAGGAAGUCAACGGCAAGCUGGUGCACAAGAUCAUUGACCUGGGCUACGCCAAAGACCUGGACCAGGGCAGUCUGUGUACGUCCUUUGUGGGCACGCUCCAGUACCUGGCGCCGGAGCUGUUUGAAAACAAAGCGUACACGGUGAGCGUGGACUACUGGAGCUUCGGGACCAUGAUCUUCGAGUGCAGCUGCGGAUUCCGACCGUUCCUGCACAACCUGCAGCCCGUGCAAUGGGCCAGCAAAGUACGGAACAAAGGUCCAAAAGACAUUAUGGCGGUGGAGGAGGCCAACGGAGAAGUGCGCUUCUCGUCGCACCUUCCGUACCCCAACAACCUGAGCAGGUGCGAAGGGGGGGGGGGGCAACCGCCGCCCGUCGUGACGCUGCUGGAGCCCAUGGAGGCGCUGUUGCAGCUCAUGCUGAAGUGGGACCCGGUCCACCGAGGAGGCGGCGUCCAUCCCGAGAGCAGGAAGCCGCUCUGCUUCGAUCUUCUCGAUCAGAUCCUGAGCAUGAAGGUGGUGCACAUCCUCAACAUGACCACGGCCCAGGUGCACUCCUUCCAGUUGGCGCCCGACGAGUCUCUGCACGCCCUGCAGAAACGGGUGGAGGCGGAGAGCGGCAUCCACGUGGUCCACCAGGAGCUGCUGCAGGAAACCGGCGUGUCCCUGGACCCCCGCAAGCCGGCGGCGCAGUGCGUCCUGGACGGCGUGCGAGGCUGGGACGCCUACAUCGUUUACUUGUUUGACAAGAGCGCCACCGAGUACUCGGGCCCGUUCAGCGCCAGGCAGCUGCCGGAUAAAGUCAACACCAUCGUCCAGGAGGCCCGGACGCCGCUGCCGCUGGGGGUUCUCAAGAAGGUUUGGGCGGAGGCGCUGAGCUACAUCUGCGGCCUGAAGGACGACUACAGCCGCCUUUUCCAGGGCCAGCGCGCCGCCAUGCUCAGUCUCCUCCGCUACAACACCAACCUGACGCGCUGCAAGAACAGCAUGUUUGGAUUCUCGCAGCAGCUGAAAGCCAAGCUGGACUUCUUCCGCAGCAGCAUCCAGUACGACCUGGAAAAGUACAGCGACCAGAUGCACUACGGCAUCUCAUCGGAGAAGAUGCUGAAGGCCUGGCAGGAGAAUGAGGAGAGAGCGGCGGCCUUUGCUCAGGUGGCGGAAGUGAGCCACCUGGACGACGAGAUCAUGGCGCUGCACUCGGAGAUCGUGGAGCUGCAGAGGAGUCCGUAUGCGCGCCGCCAAGGCGACAAGAUGGAGCAGCUAGAGGAGCGAGCCAUGGAGCUCUACAAACAGCUGAAGAUGAAAUGUAAAGUUCCCGAGGCAGACCUGAGCAUCGACAGUUCCGAGAUGGUGAAGGCCAUCAUCCAGACGGUGCAGAACCAGGACAAAGUGCUCAAGGAUCUCUACACGCACCUCAGUAAGAUACUGAGCAGCAAACAGAAAAUCAUCGAACUGUUCCCGCGCAUCGAGAAGACGUUGGAGAGCAUCAAGGAAGCAGACAACACGGUCAUGCAGAUGCAGGUCAAGCGCCAGCGCGAGUUCUGGCACCUCCUCAAGAUCGCAUGCCAGGCGCAGAACUCGACACGCAACUCGCUGGCGACCGGCCCCGAGUCGGCCAACCUCCCUCAGGUGUCCCAGUGGGCCCAGUCGGCCCCGCCCGCCAGCGCUCCUCAUCCUCUCACCUCGCUGCCCGGGCCCAACGACAGUGACGCGGCCCCCCGCCUGCUGCAAGAGACCCAGAAGUACCUGAGUCAGCUGACCAGCCUCAUGCAGGAAGCGGUGGACGAACAGGCCAAAAGCAUGGUGGAUCAAGACUGGAGUUGGACCAAAUACGAAACGUUAAGCGGCAAAUUCAAGAAGAGAAAUGCGUGAGAUGCUUUCACCUUGAAACACUAACGGCAAUGAUGAACUUUGACCUCAAGAGGUGCCGUUGACUUUUUUUUUUCUUCAUGAUGUCGUGCUGCUGCUUCUUUUUUUUCCGGUGUUUGGGGGGCGGGAGGAGGGGCGUUGAGGAUUUGCAGGCAGCUGAUUUGACGUUGAACAGGAAACAGGAAGUGACAGUGGAAAAAGUGCACUAUGUAGCUCAGUUGAUGAAGUUGAUCAACGGAUCCAAACUUCCUCUGACUGACUGAUGACUUUGCGCUGGGACCAAACAAACUCGGAGCGGAGCGUGUUAGAAAUGCAAAAAGAUGCAAACACAAAAUUUUUAUUUGAACAGCUGAAAGGUUGAAAUAAAGAUGAGUCGGUGCCA